ACUUGGGAUUCUCUGCCAUUACAACCCCUCUUUGGAUAUAACACUCGCUCUCAGCAAACCUUUGUGGAUUUUAUUCUGGCUCUUAGCUACUCCUUUGUCAAGCAUUUAAACAUCAUGACUCUGGAAGAGGUUCACGGACAGGAAACCGUUGUGGAAAACACUGAAAGAAUGCACAGCGCUGGCAAAGCCCUUCACGAGCUGCUGAUCUCCGCUCAGAGACAGGAGUGUCUGACCGUUGGAGUCUACGAGUCUGCCAAAGUAAUGAAUGUAGAUCCAGACAAUGUCACCUUCUGCAUUCUGGCUGCCGAUGAGAUUGAUGAGGGCGACAUUGCCCUGCAGAUCCACUUCACCCUCAUCCAAGCUUUCUGCUGCGAAAAUGACAUCAACAUUGUACGUCUGAACGACACAGAAAAGCUGGCUGAAAUCUUGGGCAGCAACGAUGAGUCUGGAGAACCAAAAGAUCUUCAUUGCAUCCUUAUUACGAACCCUAGCGAGGAUGCAUGGAAAGACCCUGCUCUGGAAAAACUCGGUCUAUUUUGUGAAGAAAGCCGCAAUGUUAAUGACUGGGUUCCCACUAUUACCCUGCCCGAGUGAACUGACCGUUGCACUAGAUUGUGAAAAUCGUUUUGCAUUCUUAUCACGGUGUUGUACGCCUGGAUGGACCGGCUGCAUUCCCCCGAGUCUGUGGAUUACGCCGGUUGAGGUCGGAAACUGCGGCUGAGACCGGCAAGAUGUUGGCUCUUGUGGAGCAAAAGAGUAAGGAGGAAACUUGACAUGGACUGAUCUGCAGAAGGGAAGGUUCAGACCAGUGCAAAGCCUCCUACAUUAGUAGCACUGAAGGGGCAAUCAUACCGUGGAGUUGGAGUAUAUUGCAUGUUUUUGCAAACCUGGAAGGACUUUUGCAAAGUGGAAUUGUAUCUGUGGCUAAGAUGGUGCAAGAAGGGCCAUGGCAGAUGGGAAACACCUAAGCAUGAUGGCAUCGUGUGGAUUUUUGGAAAUGUUUGGACUGGAAACU